CUGCUCGGCAACGCCACUUUCGAGGAGGGGGGACUCCUGGUGGGCGUGGCGAGGCCAAGCCUCCUGCAGGCGAAAAGCUGCAUCUAGGGCUCGUUCAAGGCCGGAUUCGAAGGGGUGCUUCCCCUUUUUACUUCUCACCCCCCCCCCACGACAUACACACCCGGAGGAAAGGGUUAGGCACGCGUCCCCGCCCGGGACUGCGAGAGAAACAGCUACGUGCUUUGUAGCCUGUGGCGAAUGUCUUUCCUGACUGGUUCCUGUGGGAGGUCCCGCCCCGCCCCACACUUCCCGGGGGUGUGGAGGGAGCGCAGGAGGCAGGGAAAAGGGAGCGCGCCCCCUUCGCCCAGCGCGCCACGGGCUUUCGCGAGCAGCCUCGCAACUGCGACAAAACGACCCUGCUUGGAAAGCGGACCGGAGCCCCCGACGGCCGCCGCUCGGAUGGAAACUUAAGCAGGGAGGGCGGAAGCCCCGGACUCGGCCGAGAGCGAGCGAGGCGCCGCGUCGGCGUCAUGCUAUGGAGAGCAGGGGUCCCGCGGUGCUGGGCUUGCUAGCUUCCUUCGGCGAGCGCCCGGCGGCUGAGGAGAUCGCCUCGGCUGCGCCAUGGCGAGCGCCGGGCAGCGCGGAGGCGGGAGGCGGCGGCAGCAGCGCCGUCGAGCGGGACUGCGCGGGGGAGAAGAAGGAGCUUCCCGACGAGGCGCUUCUGGAGUUGCGCCGCCGCCGCGGGCGCUCGCUCUCCCUGCCCGCCAGCCCGACGCUGGCGGCCGCGCGGCUCUUCCCGCGGGGCCGCCUCGAAGGGGACAGUGACGGCGACCAGGACGACGACGGAGGGGGGGCGUCGGCGUCGGGGGGCGGCAGCGGCAACUGCUGCACCAAGUGCAAGAAGCGGGUGCAGUUCGCCGACUCGCUGGGCUUGUGCCUGGCCAGCGUGAAGCACUUCAGCGCCGCCGAGGAGCCGCAGGUGCCGCCCGCCGUCCUGUCCCGCCUGCAGAGCUUCCCCAUGCGCCAGAAGGACUUCGAGGAGUUCAGCGCCGCCCUGGCGGGCCUGGGCGCUUGCGCCGCGCCGGCCUUGCGCCCGCUGCACUUGCCUCAGGCGCUCCAGUUGGCGCCGCCCGACGGGCCCGGGCGGCUGCAGGGCCAGCGCGUGUGCCUGGAGGAGGCGACGGGCUCGGCUCUGGCCGGGGCCCCCACAGACGUGCGCGGCGUGGUGAGGGUGCUCAGCUGCCCGGGCCCCAAAGAAGUGACGGUGCGCUACACGUUCAACGAGUGGCUCUCCUUCUUGGACACCCCCGCGGCGCCGCUGCCCCCGCCGCCCGCGGAGCCCUGCAGCCCCGUCGAGCGCUACCAGUUCUCCCUGUGCCUCCCGCCCGGUCUGCAAGAGGGCACGGCCGUGCAUUUCGCCAUCUGCUACCGCAGCCAGCAGGGCGAGUACUGGGAUAACAACGGCGGGGCCAAUUACACCCUUAGCAGCCCGGAAAAAUCCGCGCCUCCCUUUUAUUGACACCGACCAGGCGCCCGUCAGCUUGCCUUCCUCGGUUGCCAGAGAACCUCGGAGCAAAGAGCCAGCUGUGCUUUGCCUCGCACCGCGUGCUUUACAGCCUUCCGAGCCCCGCGACCUCCAGGAACUGCCAUCACCUUACCUUUGUGCCUUCCACCCCAAUCCUUUGGAAAGCGGAUCCGGGUGGCCAACCGUGCCUUUGCACUUACCUUAGCCUCGCUGCAGCCAGCCUAGUUCAAGUUGGAGCAAAGGAGAAGCCUUGUAAGGCAUCAAGUGAGAAGGAACUGUGGAAAUCAGGGCCUGACAAUGGGAGAGAGAAGGACAAAGCAGCAACCUGAAUGUUACCUGCUUUCUGCUCCAGGCAAACACUGAUAUGACCUGGUGUCUAUAACUGGGGGAGUGACUGAUGCUGUGAAACAUCCCUUUUUGUGGGGGGAAGUAUGCCCCUCUGGAGCUAGAGAGUGGAGUUUGCUGUUCUGGAAGCUUGCAAGAGGUGGUGGUGGGGGGUGGGCGACCAUUUCUGACCUGUGCCUUCCGUUAUUCUUGUACAGGAAAUGACCUCUGAAAGCCAAGAAGGAUGCAAUUGAAUUACAGAAGUCUCUCUGAGAACCAAGCAAACAGAGCUGUUCAAAAUACACAUGCACGGCUGAGUACUUCCCUGUUACAACUUGAAUACCAAGCCUUUUCUUUACACUAAUAAACUAGAGGCACUUUGUCUUCCACCAAAGGGAUAAUGUGCUCUUAUUUCUGUAACACAGAUGGGGAAGGACCUUUUGGCAGAAAUCAUAACAGAUAUUGGCCAAGGGCUUGAUGAAGAGGAGGAGUUGUUGUUUUUUGGUCUGUUUUUGAAAAAGGGAACUUUUGUGGCUACUUGUUUGUUGUUUUUGUUUGCACUGGUGAUUUUAGUCUUGGUUCCAGUCACAUAGCAUGUUAAGAAAUUAUCACUUAAAGCAUAUCAUCACAUGUGGGCUUUCAAGGUCUAAGAAGGUGUGAAAUGUCUGUCUACUAGAAAAUCCACACUGGGAUGUAAUAGCCCUUUAGGAAAGGUGUUUAGAGUUCUGUGACCAAAUGAAAAUGAACUUGCUGUAGCUGUGUAGAAGAGGGAAUUUCGGCAGGUUUGGGUUUUCCUGCUGAAAUUCAUCCUUCUCCACAACUAUUGGAAGUUCUGGAGCCCCGCCUUCCUUUGCAUCCAAUCCCGCUUAUGUUUGCUCCCUGCUUCUGGCUGGAUUGUAGCUGUUGCCAACACACAGAAUUAAGCUUUUUGCAAACUGGACACACACUUCAGGGCUUUGCAAAAGUUGAUGCAUGCAUGUGGUAGCGGCAUCUGCAUGUAUCUAGCAGGUAGUGAGGAAGGCAAGCAGCAUUAAAUAAUAAUAAUCCUUAGCUGGACUACUGCAUAGCUGUUGUGUGGAUCAUCAUCCUUGGUGUGUGCCGAUUGACUACUAGGUGCUUUAAAAUGUAAACCCAUUCAGUAUUCCUGAAGCUUCUCUUGAGAUGACAUACCUGUGGCAGUAGCUGCUGAGAGAGCAAGCAACUUUCUUGUGUGAUCCACUUCCUCUGGAUGUCCCAUCUCUGUAACUUGGUUGAGUCCUUUGAAGGGAUUCUUACUUUGAAACUUAAUGCACUUUUGCAACCCUAAAUGGUUUUAAAAAAAACAAAAAACCCACAAAAGCUAGCUGCAGCCUUGCUGCAACUCUGGCUGUGAAGUGUUUAGUAGGAGCAAUCAUUCUGGGAAAUUAGCUGCUAAAACAGGAACAACUUGAUGACCACUUAAUUGGUGUCUUUGGGACUACUAUUAACUAAAGUGGCCGCUGAAUAGCACCUUUAGAAGCCUGUCUAGCAGUCAAAUUGUAUUAAGGUCUCCUCUCCAGUCAUGAUAAAAUGGUCUAAUGACCCAAAGUGACAAUUAAUUGAAUUGCCUUUCAAGGGCAAACUCAUUUCUUAGCAUGCUCUUUCUUACAGUAUUCACUCUCUAAAACUUGGAAUGGUAGGCUCUUUCCUGCCUGGGAUUUGGGGAAAAUAUUGCUGGCACCACUUCCGAUUUUUGUACUUUUCUUCACCCUUCAUAAGGGUGUCAACCUUAGCAUUCUUUUCUCAAGUAAGGUGACUCAGUAGGUCAGUAGUAUGAAACAUCUGCCAUGUUGAGGGAUCCUGUAUGGGUUUGUAUGAAUGCAAUAGACUGGCAUACCCUCCAAGGUGAAGGGAGAUGUGAGCAGGGGUAAGCUUUGCAGAGCCAUGUUUGGGUUUAUAUAUGCCUCACUUUGUCCAGUUGUAGCACUGUGCAACCACAACUUAUAUAAUGAAGCAUCACCUUAAAGGUUGCUUUAGGAAUGUAUCUCUAGGAGAUUAAGGGGCACUUAGCAUUGUAAUGAACAUGGGGUUUGUGGUAUGCAAACAUCAGUCUAAAAGUCUUGCCCAGGUAUGGCUCCCAAGUGCCACACAUGCAGUGUGUUUUCAGAAGCUUGUCCCUAUUUAAGUUUUAUUCCCGUGACACUGCUCUUCCCUGUUGUGUAUGUAGCAGUUGAGAAUUCCUUAGCUCAGUGGUACACAACUGGUGGCCUGUGGACCCCAAGAGGUCCACGUAACCCAUCCAGGGGGUGGUCCGUGGCACCAUUCACAUAACAAAAGCUAUCACAGAGGUAUCACAAUUUUCAAAAGUAAGGGGUCCAUGGCUUGGCUUUUGAAAAACAGUACUUGCCGUAUUUUUCGCUCUAUAACAUGCACCCGACCAUAACACGCACAUAUUUUUUAGAGGAGGAAAAUCCGUAGGCAUGCCACCCCUAGGCAUUCCCUUCAUAACACGCACAAACAUUUCCCCUUACUUUUUAGGAGGAAAAAAGUGAGUGUUAUGGUGCAAAAAAUACGGUAGUUGAUUGAGAACCAUUGCCCUAGCUGCUUCUUGGUGCACCAGCUAUGCAGAACAUAAUCCUUCUGGGCUUAAUAUAACAUUACAAAAUAAUAAUUUGGAUUCUUGUUUGGAAAUUUUAUGAUGUGUUUAAAGUGUUAAAUGGCUGCUCUUCCCCCUUCAUUUUUUAAACAGAGAAGCUGACUGUGACUCCUACUGUAACCUUGGACUCUGCAGUUGAUAACUGUUGGGGACAAAAGUUAAAAUGUAGUUGAAGCCUUCUAGUUGCAGGGCAGUAGGACAGAAGUGUAGGGUGUCUCUGUGUACAUGCCAAGAGCAACACUGCCUUUCAGUGUACUUUGAAAAAUACUGUUUUCCUUCAGCUAGAGUAGCAGUUUUCUCAACAUUUUGGAAGAACUUGUUCUGGUCACUUUUUGAAAAAAAAAUACUAUAUUGCAGAUGCAGAGAAACCCUGUGGGGUUUCUAUUUUUCUUUUAAAACUAGUUUCCAAAAUGUAUUAAAUUAAACGUAGCAAUGAAUAAGCAAGCACGAGUGCACAAAUUCUCCUGAACACCACCCGUUCCUUUUCCUUGGAUAAAAAACUGAUGCCAUGCCAAAGAGCCAUAUGAGUCAUAAUGCGGUCACCAUAAACUUUGACGCUCCUACCACCUUGAGUGGUAAAGAUGCUAGGUUGUGGGGGAUGGGAGAAAAUAUAUAUUUUCCCAUGGGACAAUUUUUUUGUAUACCUGAGAGCCAGUGGAAGACAUAGGUGAGUGUUUUGGUUAGGACAUGUGAUACCUUUUUGGAAAAAACCCCACAGGGCUUGAAUAAGCACUUUUAGAAAUGUAAAAUUAGGUAGCCUUUGACUUCUUGCCAGCUCAGGUGACUUAGGGUGCCUCUUCCUCCGCCGCCCCCCAGGUUUAUUUCCAUAAACUAUUGGGGGGUGGGGAAGAAACUACUGGUAGUUCUUGCCUGAGAUAUUCAGAGGGAAUGAACAGAGCUGUUAGUCGAUAUGUCAGAACUGCAUACUGUCUUGAACAAGAUCAUUCUCAGCAAGCAAGGAGCAAAUCUCUAGCAUGCUAUUCUGGCAAAAACUGGUAAGAACUGGUUUUGCACGCUGUGGAGUUCCUCCUGUAUUUGCUGUGAAUAAUCUUGUUGGAACAGCAUUCAGAGGAGACCGAGAGCCCGGAGAUAUCUGGAAUUGUGCACAGUAUUCUAAAUAUGGAUUGCAUUCUGCGUGUAAAUGAUCACCCUCUCCUUCCAGAGGAAUGUCAAAUAUGCUUCUGUUUUUAGUGCCUUUAGAGGAAUAUGGGGAAGGGUGAGUUGGGUGGGUGAGUUUUUUUGUUUCUGUUAGACAUAUUGGAGGAAUUCUCUCGUUUGCUUUAAUAAGCAAGAAUUGUAAACCUUGAUGAAUAAAAAUGCCUUUUCCUGUGAGUUAAUGAGGUUGCUUGUCUGCUACAUACGACUACAUCAAUUUUUGUCUUCAGUGUAAUCUUUCUUGUGUGUAUAUCUAUCCCAUAACUGCUGUACAAACAUAACCAGAUUGUAGAGGAGGAGAGAUUUUCAACACCACAACCCUUUGUUCAAUAAAGGCUUAUUGGGUUGGCA